AUGAUCCAUAUCCUUUAUACUUAUUUUAAUCAUUUCAUUAUUCAAUCAUUACUAAAAUCUAUUUGUGCCUUAAAUCCUAUAGAAAAAAUAAUUCUUUAAGAGAUUUUAGAAAAAGAAUAUUUUCGAACAUUGAUUGCAAUUGAUUUAAAUGAUCGAUAAGGUAUAAUUCCUUGUUUAAGCCUGAUUCAGCUUUAUGUUUAUAAAUUUUUAGAUGUAAAAGAUAAACAACCUAAUAAAUUAGUGUUGUUAGCACAAUAAUUAUUUUAGAUUGCUCAUUUAUAGAUGUUAAUUAAUAAGCUAAAUGGAUAAUAAACUAAUUAUAAAGAUGAUUAUAUAUGUAAAUAUUUAAAAAGUGGUUUAAAAUAAGAAUUGUUAGGAUAUUUUGGAUGUACCAAAUAAAAUAUUGAGAUAUAAAUAUUAAAAUAUUAUAAUAACAAAAAUUGA